AUGGGCUGGUUUCGGAAAGUCAGCCCAGAAGCCAAAGCGGACGGGCAUGGGGUGGCAAAGCGCAAGUCGAUCUGGACAUCUCUCCUUCCCGUCAUGGCCUGCGGCGCCGGGCUGUUUUCAGAUGGAUAUGUCAACAAUGUCAUUGGAUCGGUUGUUACCAUCCUGGCCCUACGCUAUGGGGAUGUAUGGGCGACGUCAAAUGCCAAGCACUAUCUAGGGGACAUCGCCUUUGCCGGAACGGUCGUAGGCCAGCUCGUCUUUGGUUACCUGUCGGACAAGUGGUCACGCACCAACUCGUUGGUGCUCUCGACUGUCAUCCUCCUCGUCUUCACUGCCCUCACGGCCGGCUCGUACUAUCAUGGUGACACGAUCGGCAUGUUUAAUAUCAUGACGGCUUGGAGGUUUUUCGUCGGGAUCGGCAUUGGAGGUGAGUAUCCAGCUGGCAGCGUGGGAUGCGCCGAAUCGACGAGCGAGCUCAAAUCCGGAACCCGGAAUAUGUGGUUCAUCAUCUUCACCAACACCAUGAUUGACUGGGGGUUCGUAUUUGGCGCUUUCGUACCGUAUGUCGUCGCAGCAGCCUGCCACAAUGAGCAUCUCGACACUAUAUGGCGUACUAGCCUAGGUAUUGGUGUCGUUUUCCCCCUGAGUCUACUGAUCCUGCGUAUCUUCUUGAAGGAGCCGGAGGAGUAUCAAAAGAACUCAAUGAAAUAUGCACCGAUACCGUACUGGCUGGUUCUUCGCUUCUACGGCUUCCGCCUGUUAAUGGUCAGCUUGGUCUGGUUCAUCUAUGAUUUCUCGGCAUAUUCAUUCGGCAUCUAUUCGUCAACCAUCCUCGCCAACAUCUUCGACUCUGAGCAGGCACCCCUCACUACUGUUUUCGGUUGGAACACCGUCAUCAACCUCUUUUACAUCCCUGGGACGAUGCUUGGAGCCCCCAUUUCUGAUUGGAUUGGCCCUCGUUACGCCUUGGCAGCCGGUGUCACGCUGCAGGCUGUCGUAGGGUUCAUCAUGGCCGGCGAUUACAACAAGCUCGCCCAGCCCGAGAUGGUGGGCGCCUUCGCUGUCGUGUACGGAAUCUUCCUAUCCCUUGGCGAGCUCGGACCAGGAAACAACAUCGGCCUCAUCGCAGCCAAGACGUGCGCCACCGGGGUGCGCGGACAAUACUACGGUAUCGCGGCGGCCGUGGGCAAGAUUGGCGCCUUCGUCGGCACGUGGGUUUUCCCCUACAUCAUUGCCGCAGGUGGGGAGUCCAAGACGCUGUCGGCUCAGUACCCGUUUUAUGUGUCGAGCAGCCUGUGCAUCCUCAGUGCGGGCCUUAUCCUCGUAGGCGUGCCGCAGAUUGGGCAGGACUCGAUUGGCUCCGAGAACGACAGGUUUCGCGCGUACCUAGAGAUGAAUGGGUAUGAUGUCCGGCAGCUUGGGCUCAAGAAGGGGGAUACGCUGGAGUCUCUAGGGUCUGGGCAAAUCGAACGCGAGCCUGUGGUUGUCGAUGAGAAGAGAGUAUGA